AUGCCGUCCCCGCCAUCGCACCAUCCGCAACGCCACCAGAGCCACAACCUGACACAGGAAUACCAAAUCAGGAAGCGCGUAGGCCGACCCCGCAUCGGGGCCGGUGGCCCCGCAAUCCUCUCGGAAAACCGACGCACGCAGAUUCGGCGCGCCCAGAAGACAUACCGCCUUAAAAAAGAGGCGGUCUUCCGCCAAACCCUCGAUCGCGUCAAGGACCUGGAGGAAAAGCUUCGUAGGCUGUCAGAUCAGGUGUUCGGCACUUGCGAAGCUGCUACUGAGGCGCGGCUGCAGCUGUCCCAUCCGGAUAUAUAUGCGCGCCUGACGCAAAUUCGCGGGGAAGGGCGCUUCGCCCGUAGACUGCAGCGAUACUGCCUCGAGCACGCAUUCAAUCUGUUUAUCGACCCCCGGUCAAAUCCCCAACAAGUGUACCGCGUGUUCCGUCUCGUGCCUUGCAUACAGGACAAAAACAAGAUGCAACCGCGAUUUGAGCAAUUGCUACGAGGUGGAGCCGAGUCCCCACUUGAGGUUCCCGGUCUUCCAUUCUAUGGUGUAGGUGGAGCAGGUACGCAUUAUCUCGAUAAAGAUGAAUUCGGCAUUCCAAUGCAUCCGAAGAAUAUGAGGCUGCCACGUCGAGUGCUUGGAAUCCUUCCAAGUGGCGGAGAUGGGGAUGAGUCGACAUCAGGGGAUGAUCGCGCUCGAUUGCUUGAAAUUUGUGGGCUUGGGGGGCAGUGGUUCGAUAGUCGGGACGUGGAAGGGUAUCUUAAGCAGCAUGGGGUGGAUCUGCAGGGGUCGAGCUUGUUUCCCACGGUUCGCAUCGUAGAGGAACCAUCAAGGCGGCCGCGCUCUGAGCAUGGAUCCUAUGCUGGAUUUGAUAAAAGUUUCUCUGGACUAAUGUGGAUAGGGCUUCUUCAUGGAUUUGUCAUUCUCGGGCGCGCCCCCGGGUUCAGAAUGAUUGAUGUCAACGCUGCUUUGCGACCUUUACCAAACACAACCACCAUGAUAACCCUCCAAGAACAACUCGCCGUCGGAGCGCUCGGCCCUGACCGAUUCAUCUCGUGCCUCCCACCGACGCGCAUGGGCGACCUCGCCGACUGGGCCUACGGCGGCAACAUCCUCGCCAUCGCCAUCAGCGCAGCCUACGCCACCACUAAACCCGGCCAUCACCUCUAUUCACUCACCGGACAUUUCGUCCGGCCCGCGAGCCCCUCCCUCAAGCUCAUCUGCCAAGUCGCACGCAUCCGGGACACGCGGAUCUUCCAAACCCGACAUCUCCGCGUGUACCAAGAAAACCCCACCGGCGAGCAGCUAUGCUUCCUCGCAACGACCGACUUCCACGUUGAGGAGACGCUUGAAAUGGUGAAUUAUUCCGCUCGUCCGCAGUCUGCACCCAUCACCGCUGCACCAGCUCAUCCAGCCAGUAUCCAAGAAUCGGGACUAUAUGAAUACAUCAACCGGUUCAUGGAGGUGCAACCCCUUCCGGCCACCAACCGGAAGUCUGAAGGGGAUAUCACUGGCAUCAUUUCGGCUGAACACUUCCGCCUGCAGACGCCCCUUGGGAGCGAAUCCGCUCAGCUCGCCGCGCUGGCGUUCUACAUGGACCGCGGCCUCGCGUACAUCCCCGCUAACCACGCGGGCCGGAGUCUGCUAGAUGCAAGUGCCUGCGCUACGCUGGAAUUUGCCUUGCGGGUGAUGACGCAUCAAGUUGAUGUGGGGGAGUGGAUGGUUAGUGAGCAACAGACUUGUGCGGCGGGAGGUGCGCGGGUAGUUAGUGAGGGGAGGGUCUUUCAUGAUGGGGGCAGGUUGGUUGCUGUGAUGACGCAAACGACGAUUUUGAGGCCGAAGCUAGGUGAGAGGGCGAAGGUUUGAUAGGGCUUAGAAUUUUAUGUGGAUGGAUAGUAUGGGUACUGGUGCUCUGGUUUGUGCGGGGUGUACACGAGAGUUAUUCUGUCUGUAGAGGAGCAAUAUACUGACUUAUUCCGG